AUGGCCGGCAGGCCCGGCACCACCGUGUGCUCCAUGUGCGGCGACGUCGGGUUCGCCGACAAACUCUUCCGCUGCACCCGCUGCCGCCGCCGCUUCCAGCACUCCUACUGCACCAACUACUACGGCGACGCGGCCCCGGCCCAGGCGGGCGCCGGCGUGUGCGACUGGUGCCUCAGCGAUGACGUCGGCGGCGGCGGGAAGAAGCGGCAGCACUCUUCGGCGGCAGGAUGCGGAAAGCAGCAGCCGCAAGUGGAAGAAGAAGAAGGAGGCCGGAGCGCGCAGCAGCCGGCGUCGUUCCCUCCCAGCGGGUGCAGCAAGGGCGCCGGCAAGGUCACCGGCGGCAGUGAGCACGUCGAGGGCGGACGGAGGCCCCGCAGGUACAAGCUCCUCAAGGACGUCCUGUGCUAG